CAUCGCCCCGCCCACUCCACACCACCCCGCUGUGAAGCGCGCACCUGUUUUUAAUUGAACUAAGGCGACAGGUUGCGCGAGCGACACCGAUGCGACCGAGUCCCGGCAGGAGAACCGCGGAACACCGGAGGAGGAGGUGGUGUUUGUGGGGAUAAAAAAAAAAAGUACCGCAGCAGCCCCGCGACCAAAGGAACGUGUGGCGGAGCAGACAGCCGGGGCGUCCCGUCAAUGGUUGCGGGACGGAGGGCUGUGAGCGGUGCGGGGAAAACCCAAACAUUUGGAUCUCCUACUUGAACAGGACGGAGCCGGAGCUGCGUUCUCAUCGUCGCCCUCUCCUCCUCCUCCUCCUCCUUCUCCUCCUCCUCCUCCUCCGGCGCGCUGAGGCCGUCAGCGUUGAAAAAGCCUUUUUCUCGCCGCGUGCGGUCGGUGCGCCCCUGCGUUUGGAGCCAUGGGCUGCACGGUGAGCGCCGAGGACAAGGCUGCCGCGGAGAGGUCCAAGACCAUUGACAAAAACCUCCGGGAGGACGGAGAGAAGGCGGCCCGGGAGGUGAAGCUGCUCCUGUUGGGUGCUGGAGAAUCCGGGAAGAGCACGAUCGUUAAGCAGAUGAAGAUCAUCCAUGAAGAUGGCUACUCAGAAGAUGAGUGCAAGCAGUACCGAGCAGUGGUUUUCAGUAAUACCAUCCAGUCUAUUAUGGCCAUCGUUAAAGCCAUGGCCACUCUCAAGAUCGACUACAGCAGCCCUGCAAGAUUGGACGAUGCCCAGCAGCUCUUUGCCCUGUCUGCAGCUGCUGAGGAGCAGGGAAUCUUUCCCGACGAUCUGUCCAACGUGAUGAGGCGGCUGUGGGGGGACAGCGGCAUACAGGGUUGCUUUGCACGGUCACGAGAAUACCAACUCAACGACUCUGCAGCGUAUUACCUGAAUGACCUGGAGAGGAUCGCUAAAGCAGAUUACAUCCCUUCCCAGCAAGAUGUGCUGCGAACUCGGGUCAAGACCACCGGCAUCGUGGAGACUCACUUCACUUUCAAGGAACUGCACUUCAAAAUGUUUGAUGUCGGAGGGCAACGCUCGGAGAGGAAGAAGUGGAUCCACUGUUUUGAAGGAGUUACAGCCAUUAUAUUUUGUGUUGCGCUGAGUGCCUACGACCUGGUACUGGCUGAAGAUGAGGAGAUGAACCGAAUGCACGAGAGCAUGAAGCUGUUUGACUCCAUCUGUAACAACAAGUGGUUCACUGAGACCUCCAUCAUCCUCUUCCUCAACAAGAAGGACCUCUUUGAGGAGAAGAUCACUCGCAGCCCCCUCACCAUCUGCUUUCCGGAAUACACAGGAGCCAACAAGUUUGAUGAAGCAGCGAGUUACAUUCAGACCAAGUUUGAGGACCUAAACAAGAAAAAGGACACAAAGGAGAUCUACACCCACUUCACCUGCGCCACCGACACCAAGAACGUGCAGUUUGUCUUUGACGCCGUCACUGACGUCAUUAUUAAGAACAACCUAAAAGACUGUGGUCUUUUUUGAAGGGCAAUGCCUGAUGCACACGCACUGCAUGAGAGACUGCAACAGCCAUGUGACGAUAACUGCUUUUCAUACUGAAAACCACGACAGGAUUGAUUCCUUAAGGGGAAACAUUUUAAGGAAAUUCAACAAUCACUGGUUUGUUACCAUCACAUCAGUUGGGUUCAUCUGUCUUUUUUUAUAUACAUUAAUUUCUUACUGGUCUAGGUGUUUUCAUACCUGUGCCUGUAAAUAUACAUUUGACCAAGGACCCUUUACUAGUUUUAAAUUAGAUCUGUAACUUAAAUUGUAUUAUCCAAGAGGAAAAAAAGUUAUUUUGACAAGCCAUUUUCUUAUAUUGCAUCAUGGCAAAUACAAAUACAGAAAAAUAAAAAUUAUUUUUUCUCCUUUCAAAAGUCUUCAAGAGCAGUUUGAGAACCACCUUUACACUAUAUUUAUCACUACCUUUUUUUUUUUUUUACUUUGCACAAUUGCCGUUUUAGUAGGAAGUUAAGGUACAAAACGCAACUUUUUACAAAAUUCAAUAUAAUCUUCAUUGACUAAUAUUUCAUUUUAUGAACCUUUUAACUCGAGAGAGCUUUUUUUUUUUAGAAGAUAAGAAUGAUAAUGAAAAAUGGGAUUUGUUUUUUUGGAACAAUGUUUACACAGAAUCGCCAUUCAGAGUUGUAUUAUAGUGCAUUGUCUUGCAUGGCUGUCCAUAUAUCCGCCUGUGCCCUCCACAAACUGAAUAACAUUCCCCAAGUAACUCCUUUUAAAGAAAGAAUAUGGAAACGCUUGUCACUUAUAAGCAAUCUGCCACAUGUGUAGGUCUGUUUCUAACCUGCAUUGUUCUGUUGUAUUUGUUCCGUCUUCUUACAUAUGUUCGUGCCUUGAUAUCGGUUUACACUUGUUCUUUAGAGACAUGCUAUCUCCAUAGUGUGAAGUAGGGCUAUUUAUACUCCACUUUGGUUCACAUGACUAAUUAUAUAAGAUGCAUUAAAGCACAGACAAAUGGACGAGAGUCUGUCACUAAUCUUAAAGUAAUUGUAAUUCACUUGUUACAUGUAAAUAAAAGUUUACUCACA